AUGGAACCAAACGAACACCAACUCAGCUCCUACUUCCACCCCGCCAACACCGCCGCCGCCCUGUCUUCGCCGACCAAUGGCCUCGUCGGCGGCGGACCAAACACCCAACACCACCAACAACAACAACAACAACACCAACAACACCAACAGCUCUCCUCGGCCGACAACAACAACAACACCAACACCAACAUGGUCUUCACUCACUCCUCCGCGGUCCCUCCCCCGCCCACGUCAGCCGUGACGUCACCUGUCGAGCCGGCGAAGAGGAAGCGCGGCCGGCCGAGAAAGUACGGCACGCCGGAGCAGGCCUUGGCGGCGAAGAAGGCCGCCACGACGUCGUCUCACUCCUCCUCUAAGGUGAAGAAGGAGCAGCAGCAGCAGCAGCAGCAACACGGCGGCGGAGGCUCAGCGUCGCCGUCGUAUUCCGGGCCCACCAAGAAAUCUCAGCAGCUCUCAGCUAUUGGCAAUUCAGGGCAAGGUUUUACACCUCAUGUUAUAAACUUGGUUGCAGGAGAGGAUGUGGGCGACAAAAUCAUGGCUUUUAUGCGACAGAGUAAGCGUGACAUUUGCAUUCUGUCCGCUUCUGGGUCGAUCUCAAAUGCAUCUAUUCGUCAGCCAGCUACCUCAGGAGGAAAUAUUACAUAUGAGGGUCACUUUGAAAUCAUUUCACUGUCGGGAUCAUAUGUACAUACUCCUGGGGGAAAGACUGGUGGGAUGAGUGUGUGUCUAUCUAAUACAAAUGGCCACAUUUUUGGGGGUGGAGUUGGUGGACCAUUGACUGCUGCAGGCCCUGUUCAGGUUAUUAUUGGUACUUUUCUGAUUGAUAACAAAAACGAUGUCAAUACUGGUGUAAAAAUGGAGGUGUCUAUCCCCAGGCUGCCAUCACCUGUUGGUGGUACAUCUAUGAUGAAUGUAGGUUUCCGCUCAGCAGUGAACUCUUCUGGAAGAAAUAUGGUCAGGGCAAAUGAUGAGCAACAGCAAGCUAUUGGAGGAAGUCAUUUCAUGACUCAGGGCAUGCAUGGAUCCGCCGAUUGGAGGGCUGGUCCAGAUGUCAGAAGCACUGGUGCUUAUGAAUUGGCAGGAAUAGGUGGUCAUGCAGCCCACCAAUCUCCGGAAAAUGGGGACUACGAUCAAAUUCCAGAUUAGGGAUUGUUUUUUAGAUUUGAAGGCUGUUUUGUCUUAGGUAGAGAGAUGUAUAAUACAUAUCAGCACUUUUUGUCAGCCUAUGCUGCCCGUAGCGUGCACCAUACAUUAGAGAUGACGGAUUAUGAAAGUCAUGCCUGUGACUCUGGUGAUUGAGAUAUUUUCCUCCCUUCAAAAUUGCUCAUUAUGUGUCUU